GAAGAAUAUUCAAGAUUUAAAGGCAACCAGAGGAGAAAACUGUCAAUGGUCAUCAUUAAAACUCAAUUUGAGUGAGAGGAGAUCGAUAUGGCGCUGAGAGAGUUAAAAGUUUGUCUCCUGGGGGACACUGGCGUUGGAAAGUCAAGUAUUGUUUGGAGAUUUGUGGAGGACAGCUUUGACCCAAACAUCAACCCAACAAUUGGGGCAUCCUUCAUGACCAAGACAGUGCAAUACCAGAAUGAGCUGCACAAGUUCCUGAUCUGGGAUACGGCAGGACAGGAGCGGUUUCGUGCUCUGGCGCCAAUGUACUACAGAGGGUCAGCGGCGGCCAUCAUUGUGUAUGACAUCACAAAAGAGGAAUCCUUCCAAACACUGAAGAACUGGGUGAAGGAGCUACGACAGCACGGUCCUCCCAAUAUAGUGGUCGCCAUCGCUGGAAACAAAUGUGACCUGUCAGACGCCAGGGAGGUGUCAGAGAAGGAUGCCAAGGACUACGCUGACUCCAUCCAUGCCAUCUUCGUAGAAACCAGCGCCAAGAAUGCCAUUAACAUCAACGAGGUGUUUAUAGAGAUAAGUAAGCGUAUCCCUGUUGCCGACGCAGCCGGAGGAACUUCAGGAAAAGCUUUCAAACUGGGACGUCAGGCCUCAGAGUCUCGCAGAACGUGCUGCUGAUGAUGCCGGUGACUGCCCCAACCUGACCUGUGACCUGACCUUUGCUUACCCUCUGUGCUCCCGGUCUGCUUCAUCUUACAACCACCACACACCCUCAAACACCCAGCCGUCACCAAUACCGGGGUGAAGCAGUUCCAUUCUGACGACCAUGGCAAAUGCAUUUUUGCGGCACUCAACAACAGCAAAUCAUCAUAUAUAGUCUGAACAUUUCUGUCAGGAGAAAUACUACAAGUUUCUGAGCAUUGACAAAAAAUGUCUGCAUUAAAAAUAUAUGUAAGUGAAAGAACCCCAUACAUAUACUGGCUCCUGCUUGCGGUAUCAUAUCCCCAGGUUGAUCAGAGGAACUUUACAGCUGCACGAAUUCAGAAAUCAUUUGUACUUGUAAAUUUGUACAAAUCUACUUUCAACCAAAACAUGGACUGAAAAUGUUUAAUGUCGCCAAAUUAUUUUGAUAGCACUGAAGUUAUUGCCUUUUGUUUUAGAGGAGAUCUCUUCCCAAACAUUCUCCACUUUGUGAAGGAUCCAUCUAUACAGUUAAUGUGCGUUGUCAAUAAUUUAUCAUAAGAGUUUGAUGGAAGAGGUUAUGGUAGUCAUCAGUGUUUGCACCGAUAUUUAAUAUCAUUUUUGCAUUUUGGAAGGAUAUUUCAAGAGAUGUUGGUGAUUCACAGUCAAGCAAGAAGGAUCGUGCACACUAAAUUUAUUGUGUGUUUGUUCUUUUCAUCAACACCAAGGGAGUGUGUUGAUGAUAAUUGCAGUCACAUGGUGAAAAAUGAAGAAAUGAAAGGCUUGUGGGAGUCUACUUCCUUUACACUAAAGGAACAGUUUGACAUGGGAAAUGUGCUUUAUUGUGUUCUUGUCUAAGGUCAGAAGAGAACAUUGAAACGUGUCGGUACAGUAAAUGUUAGGGAUGUCAACCGUUAAUCAGGUGACCACAGAGCCUAUAUUUAACCAGUUACAUAUGUCGGUCCGUAGGUUAACUUUGCUACUCUUCAGUUAACUCCACUGUGCACCACCACCCUGGUCUGGUGGGAGGGAGCUAGCUUGUGGCGCCACACCAUGGUGGCAGGAUGGAGUUUAUGUGAAAACAUUGUGCUCACCCUCCAGUCUCCCUCCAGGUUGCCCUGGUGAGUAAGCAGCUUAAUUAUAAGCCACAAAACUCCUUUAGCAUUGUUAAGCACUGUUAGCUCUGUUAGCACCUUUAGCAGCGUCAAAAUGGCUAGAGGUGCUAACAUCAAUGCUAAAGGGGUUUUAAAGCUCAAAAUGAAGUCUCUCACUCACUGGGGAUACCUGAGGGUGACCAGAAGGUGGCCACCAUGUUUCCGCAGCAACACAUACCCACCAUCAUGGGUGGGUGUUGCCAACGGUAAUUGCAGAAUGAGCAGCAGCGCUAGCUAGCUCUAAUCCAGCCCAGGUGGUUUGCAGUGCAGAGCAGCAAAGACAAACAUUAGCUAACCAGUGGAGACCGGAAGGUGGGCAGUUAGCACUUAUUUAAGCACGUAAAUGCAGCUAGCUGGCUGGCUGUCAGCAAAAAAACUGACCACCUCUAAAUGGAUAGCACUUUGAAAUGCAGCGCUAAAACUCAAUGAGUCAGUGGAGCACCAGACUAAAGGAAAGCGCCUCUUGUGUGUCUUGUCAUGUUGCAUUUUUUAACUGAUUCGUGACAGAUUAAUGAGUGUUGGGCUAUCAAAAGAAAAAUAACCACAACUGACAUCCCUAGUAAAUAUAAAGCUGGAGCUAGCUGCUGGUUAGCGUAGCUUAGCAUAAAAACUGGAAAUGGUGCAAUCAGCUAGCCUAGAUCUGUAUAAAGGUAACAAAAUUCUACCAGUAUCUCUAAAGCUCACUGAUAAACACUUUGUAUCUGUUUGUUUAAUCUGUACAAAAACUGAAGUGUAAAUACUGGAAUAAUUUUACAGGGAGUUAUGUGGCUGAUAAUUCUUGGCUCUGAUUAGCUGCUGGGCAACUGGCGAAGAAUCCAAGAAGUUAAUGGUCCCGGCCAAGAAAUAGUCUGGCACAUAAAUCCCUUCGGAAUCCAAAUGUUGUUUUAACUCUUUGAUUUUUGUACAAAUUCAACAAACAAGACAGAGCCAGGUGAUUAUCCCUGUUUCCAGUCUUUAUGCUAAGCUAAGCUAAGCUAACCAGCUGCUGGCUGUUGCCUUAUAUUUAAUGUACAGAUAUAAGAGUGGUAUCGUUCUUGUGAUCUAACUCUCCCAGAAAGCUAAGAAGCGCAUUUCCCAAAAAUCCCUACUCCUUUAAUUGUGAAUUGUGUUGUUAUUCUCCCUUCAAGUUUCUUUUAUGAUAACAGUUCCAGCUGCUCACAUGUGCGCCACACUUCCACAUUACUGAAAGGUAUUAACAGAAUCCUGUGUAUGAAGUCCACUGUAGUGCACACAGUGUAGUUGUUUCACAAUAUUGCUUUAGCUUUAUUUUUCUCUAAUCUCAUUUUAACUGACGAGCCCGCCCGUCCUCAGUCCUCUGCUGCUACUUCUCAACAGUUUUACAGAGCAGGCAGAUUUCUGUGAGGUCUUGCCAAAUUCUAUAAUCGUCCCAUAAACAUUUUUCAUCUUUCCUUCUUUUCUUUUUUUUGCACAUAAUCAGCAACGGCGCGCACAUGCAA